CUCAAUCAUUGUCGUCUAUAGGCACUUUGAUAGUUUCUUUCGUGAGGGUUUUCGGCCGAUUGGAACGUCACUGUCAUCUCCCUUUGCAGACAAGCUGGAACCGGACGAAGGCGAUCUCACACUGUUCUGUCCAGCUCGAAGAUCGUAGAAUUUUUUCUCUGUGCGGUGUCGACGUCUUUCACUUGACAUCACUCUGGACACCUCCAUGUUAACUGUUAUGAAAUGCUCACGUCUGAGGUGAAUGAGCCUUUCUCACAGCACAUGAACAGGCAAUGCUAAGGCAUGGGAGGGAUGUCAAUAUCUGCGAUUCAGCCGAAUGAAGGUAUGGAGACUGCGCCUGAUAAGGUAGAAAAAACAUGGCUGGAGGUUGUCAAGGCUGCCGUAAGUCUGGGCGAUCACGACAUCGUUUCUCGUGACUCUCUCCACUACCCUAAAAUCGUCGAGCAAUCGUGGAUACAUACAAUCAAGGAUCCCAAGGACUUCAAGAAGAUCAAGAAGAACGACUUUGUCGGAGAUGUCCUUCAAAAGAUUGAGGAAGGUCUUGAGGAAGACCAAGCAGCCAGCAAGUUUUUCUACGAAGAGAGGGAGCUAGUUAGAGAUCUCCAGCAAAAGCUUGAGGCGAAGGGAGCACUUACAGAGGAAAUUUUUUUAGGGCUGCUUAAACCCCACCUAGAGUCUCUGAAAAGUAGGACUGUAGGAGGAGAAAGCGAGGGGAAUGUUGUUGACGGACCUCACAGUAAUGGAUCUGUCAGUCCUGUAGAUAGAAGGUCAACUCUAUCAUUGGUGAGAGCGGUCGCUGUUAGGCUAGGCCCGAGGUUGAUCAGUACUCUGCUCCAGUGUUGUGCCCUGUUGCGACUAUGGAGUAUGGUUCAUAUCCUACUCGAAAGAAGAGUUGUCGACACUCGUGACUGCUCGAGAAUUGUUGAGAGCGCUAUCGAGGAUCAGCAGGCUCGAACUCUGUGCCACUGCAUUACAUAUGGUCCCGACCUGGCACCACAGGACUUCCUUUCCAUUCUUGUGUUUUUCCUACGUAGUAUGGAGAGAACUCCGAAGUCGUUUCAAGUCGUCAAGGGAGAGUGGAAGCGGCUUGCUUUAUCGAAGAUACAGGUUUACAAGAACCGGAAAGAAGUUGCCUCCGAAAGUGGAGAACCUCCAUCACCGGCCACUGUUCUGGCGCUUGCAAACGCUAUCGAUGGUUUUUCCGCACCCGAGCUCUGUAUUCAUCAACUUGUGGCCUCUGAUCAGGACGAAUCAGUUUUGACCUCCGUGGUAGCCAAACUCGAACCACCGCAAUUACUAAGUCUUCUACAGUACCUGUGCAAGUGGGUGGAGCGAUAUUCUUCACAGUUAGCACGCUACCCAACGCCUAAACUUGGGCGUGUACCGUCCAUGAACCAGGUAUUGUUCUGGACCAGUGUCAUUCUAGAAUGUAACUACACCAAAUUCGUUCUGUCAUCUGAUUACCAUGCCGUUGUCAAGGCCAUGAGAAAGUUGGUGCAACCGCUGGUUGAGUUAAGUACUCACCUCACCCCUUUAAUUGGAAUUGUCGAUCAUCUUAGAUACCGUAGAUAUGCCGCGGCCAUCAAAACGAGGGUUCAUGUCCCCACGGCACCCACAGAUUACGUCAUUGAGCUCCUAGAUUUGAGCUGAUAGGUAGAAUGCCACGAAUUGCAGUGCUGGCUGAGUGUACAUUUACUUCGGAAAUUAGUUCUGUCAUUAGAUUGCCGUAAGGCCGCUGUUAACAUUCUUUUUGAUUUCAUACAUUCAUUGCGGAGAACGUGGUCCGCCCCUCAGUUUCACGUUGCAUUCCAUGUAUACUCCCAUUCCCUGUAUACCACGCAUUCUCACCCGAGUACUUUCGGCC